AUGGCUACCCCUAGUGUCCUUGCUUUUGACGCUGAGGGUCGGGCCAUUGACUUUGAGGUCUGGGUAGAUGACCUGCAGCUGCUCUUACAGUGCGAUAGGGCAGACGGCCUCUCUCUCUUUGACCUCACCUCUGGCGCUUCCCCUGCCCCUGCUGCUGAUGCUGAUGCCACCGUUCGUUCCCAGUGGGCCACGCGCGACGCUGCUGCACGUCUUGCUGUGCGUCGCCACCUCCCUACCUCCGAGCGUGCACACUUUAGUCAGUACAAGAGUGCUCAGACCUUGUACGACGCUGUAGUUGCACGCUACUCCUCCCCUGCCACUGCUGCACUGAGCCGUCUCAUGCUGCCGUACCUCUUCCUUGACCUUGCUGCCUUUCCCGCAGUCGCAGACCUCAUUACGCACCUCCGCACUAGUGACACUCGCUACCGCGCUACGCUUCCUGCUGACUUCUGUGCCAAGAACCCCCCCCCCCCCCCCCCCAUGUACAUCACCCUCUACUUCAUAGUCACCCGACUCCCUGACUCCCUUAGAGUAGUCAGGGACCACUUCCUCGCAGUGUGCCCCACCACUCUCACCAUUGACCUCCUCGAGAAGUCCCUCCUAGCGGCGGAGAAGAGCAUAGUCGCUGUAGGAGCCUCUCGUGGUGACCCCCGCACCCCUGUCUUUGAGGGGUGUUCUCCCUCCCCCCUCUUGCCCCCUGUUGCUUCUGCUGCUGCGGCCGACCUCGUUGGUUUCGAGUCGGUCGGCGCUGCGUCUGCCCCUUCGGGGAAGCGCCGCGCAGGCAAGGGCAAGGGGGGCAAGGGCGCUGGAGGAGCUGGCGGGGGCGGUGGAGGUGGCGGUGGAGGCGGCGGAGGGAGUGGGGGUGGUGGUGGGAGUGGUGGAGGAGCUCGCGGGCGCCUACGACGCCCAAUAGCAGAUGUCUCUGAGGCCGCUCCAAGGGCACCAUCGGUGGACCGCGACGGCAAUCCUGCUAAUCUCAGGAGUGGUGGAAGGGGGCCGGACGUCCCAGGGUGCAGAAACGGCGCUGGGACACGGCGGAUCACGCAAGAGUAUGUGGAAGGCUUGGAAAGAAGAGUGCGGGAUGCGGAUAUGCAAGCCUUGCGCGCUUGUGGCACUCCACCUGGAAUGUCCGGCGAUCCCGGACAUGGCGAUGCCUCCCCAACCUUCCAAAACGGCGCGGGGAAGCGGGGAAGGCGCGACAUCGAGACACCUGGUCCGGCCGGCCGACAUGACACCGUGGAGGUAGCGAUCGAUGUUCUCAUAUUUGAGCUAGCGGACAACUUAAUGAGUUUCUGGCCGUCGGACGCCGUCGUCAAGCGAGUGAUGGCGAAGGCAAUAGGCAUCGAAGGGAAGGAGGACCGAAGGCGUCUCCAUGUUGUGUGGUCCCUGGAUAAGGAGCGCGCCAAAACCUUCAUGCUCCGGAUGCAGAAAUGCCGCUCGACGUUGUGGGACAUCGCGAGGGCUUACUUCAUGGUGCUCAACGGGAUGCCCUACGAGAAGCCAAAGAGCUCUCGAGUGCUUCCGCCUGCUAGACCAGACCCUUCGGCGACACCGCGCACAACCGUGGCAGAUUUUCUAAAGGAUAAGGCACCAGGGUGCGGGAGCCAUGAACUCUUCACAUGGCAUGUGGAGAACGGCGUCCCGUUCGCCACAGAGGCUUUUGACGUCGGCCUUUACGAAACGUUUAACAGCCGCUCAUAUGGAGGUGGUCAGAUGGUGUUGAAGCUCACUGCAGUGGCGUUUUGGCUGUUCGGGGCGGAGACUCCGCUGAAGACGGGGAAGCCGCUGACGAAGAGUGGUGGGCAGAAUGACCAGGGCGUGCGCUGGUAUCACUCCCGUAUUCGGGCCUGGGCACGCGUUGCUAUUCUUUCCCGCACCCCUGAGCGGGGCCCUUGGUGGAAGGCGAGGCACAGGGCAUGGGCAUUCAGGCAGAACGCCCUGGUGCUGAUUUCAGAUGAUGGAAUUGAUCUGGGAUUCAACGAUGCCGUCGAGGCGCCCUAG